AUGCUCAGGACCCUGCGGCUGGCCCUGCUGGCUCUGGUCAGCGCAGCAGGCCCAACCCAGGCCAGUGGCUUCACAGAAAAAGGCCUUUCCCUGCUGAGUUUCCAGCUGUGCAACUCCAGCGUGACCCGAAACGUCCAGAAGGUGGAGGCCGUCCAGACGUUGCACGUGACCUACGCCCCCUGCGGUGGGUGGAUCCCGUGGAGGCGAUGCCCCAAGAUGGUCUACAGAACCCGGUACCUGACCGUGGAGGUCCCCGAGGCCAGGAACGUGACCCACUGCUGUGCGGGUUACGAGCAGCUGGGCCUCUACUGCGUCCUGCCCCUGAAUCAGUCCAGAGAGUUUGCCUCGAGACCUGGGGUCUGCCCAGUGGUGGGGCCGGAAGCCCCCGCCUCACCGUGUGUGCUGGACACAGACUGCCCGGGACUUCGAAAGUGCUGCCCUUCAUCCCGGGGCCGCCACUGCGUGGCCCCUGCUCCCCCAGCUCCGUCUUACAGAGACCCGGUGACCUUCUGGUACCAGGUGACUGUCCUGGUGAAAAUGGACUUCAGGGAGCUCAAGGAGGUGGACCCCAGGCUCCUGGACCACGUGCGGCUUCUGCACUCCAUGGUCACCAGUGCCUUGCAGCCGCUGCGUCCCGCUGUCCACCACCUGCAGUCAGCCCGCGGGGACACCUCCCUCACGGUGUCACAGCUGCUCCUGGGCUUGCCUCGGCCGGUGCCUGUGGCCCGGGUCUCCGCGAUGCUGGAUGAGGUCGUGAAGCGCGUCUAUGAAGUGAUUGACAUCCAGGCGCAAGAUGUCGACGAAUGCUUCAUCGAUGAACUCAGUGCCUGCUCCGGGAAGGACCAGUGUUUGAGCAUGCAGGGCUCGUCCCAGUGCACCUGUCACCCCGAGCCUCUGGCCUCGGGUCCCCAGAAGCUGGACCGCACGUGUGGAGGCUGCCCUCCCAUCCGGGACUACGCCAUCCUCAAUGUCACCAGCAGCAGCUUUCGGGUGUCUUGGAGUUUAAAUUCUACCCGGCGCCGCCCUUUCCACAUGCGGGUUUACAAGGGGGAGGAGCUCGUCUGGAGCUCCAGGACUGCGGGGAGGACCCUGCAGGUGGCGGGGCUGGAGGCCGGAGAGCUGUACACGGUAAAGACCAGCUACCAGGCGUGCGGGGCCAAUGUCACCGCCACGUUGGCCGUCAGAACAGAUGCCCGCAUCUUCCGGGUCACCGUCAGGGUCCUAAACCGCACCGCGACGGACGAGCUGCGCAGCCGUAGCGGCCCGGAGUACCGGGACUUCUCCCGACAGCUGCUCAGCGAGGUUGAAAACUCCCUCCCGCCGGCGCUGUCCGACCUGCACAGGAGAGGGAAGCUGAGGCUGCGGGUCGUCUCUCUCUGGGCCGGAAGCGUGGUGGUGACGCUCAGGCUGACGGUUCAGGACCCCGAGUUCCCCGUGGGAGUCUCCACGCUCGUCCCCAUGCUCCCACCUCUGCUGGCCAGCACGGUGUUCCAGAUCGACCCGCGGGGGACGCGCGUGCAAGAUUGGGACGAGUGUGCAGAGGGACACGACUGCUCCCCCGCCGCCCAGUGCAUCAACCUGGAGGGCUCCUACACCUGUCGGUGCACGAUGGUCAGGGACGCCGACCCCUCCCGCGCCGGCCGGGCCUGCGAGGGUGACGUGAUGAACCCCGUGGAAGGUGACCUGCCUCCGGCAACAGGCGGAACAGCCCUUGGCCGGGAGACUCCCGCCUUGUGGCCCAGCCCUGGGCACCCCUGGGGCACCCCUGCUGCAGGCCAGACCCAGACCGCAGGGCCCCCACCCAGGAAUGGGGGCAGCGGCGUGGUCAAGCAGGACAGGAACAGCACAGGGCAAGGCAUGGACGAGAUGCCCAGCGUGGCCCAAGGCCUGGUGACCGGCCAGUGGACAGCUAGCAGGACUCCCGGGACAAUCCCCAGCUCCCCUCCUAGGACCGUGAAGGGCUUGCUGGACACCUCUGGAUGGUUAGCAAGAAACUCCAGCAUGGAACCGUCCUUCUGGCCCACCCCUAGCGAGGGCCCCACAGACCACAUGGAGUGGCACACCAGUGUCCCCACUUGGAAUACACCACCAGCGCCUCCGGGCCCCACAGAGCCACGCGACUUGGACUCUGGGCCCUCCAUUCCCCCUGACCUGCCCUCAGCUCACACUGCUGAGUCUCUGAAGCUUGCGGCCUGUGUUCCCGGCCCCAUCGAAAGGGUCACCGUCUCCGAUGUGACCAGCACCAGCUUCCACGUGGUGUGGGCGGCGGAUCUCACCCUGCACCCCACCUUCCAGCUCACCCUGGUCCCCGCGCGGAGCCCCGCGGUGCACCUGGAGACCCAGAACGCGAGCCUGACGCUGUCGGGACUGGAGCCGGGCGUCCUGCACCUGGUGGAGAUCACGGCCCAGGCCUGUGGGAGAGGAAGGGCCCGGGCCCGCCUGAAAGUGAGGACAGCGGCCCAGAAACUCAGAGGCCGAGUGAGAGUGGUGGACGUCAGCUACGUGGACGCCUUCCGUGACGCGAGCAGCCAGGAGUACCAGGACUUCCACAAGCGAUUCCUAAGGAUGGUGCGAGCGUCCUUGCCGGCCGCCAUGCUCCGGCUCGUGGACAGUGGCGGGGUCCAGAUGGAGGUGACCGGCGUCACCAAUGGCAGCGUCGUGGUGGAGUUUAACCUGCUGAUCAUCACAGACGUGGAUGUCCGCGAGGUGUCCACCGCGUUCCUCAUGGCUUUUCAGAACGCGUCUCUGCUGGAGGUGGCCGGAGGGGACACCUUCAUCCAGGAUUACGACGAGUGUGAGAACCAGGAGCACGACUGUGAGCCGGGCGCCUCCUGCCACAACACUCUGGGCUCCUUCAUCUGCAGCUGCGUGGGCGGUGCCCCCCGCUCCCCCCUGGAAUAUUCUGGAAGACUCUGUGAAGAUGACUCUCCCAGCAACACGACCCAGGCCCCCGGACCCUCUCUGGUCCCGGGCCUGGAGCAGCUUCCCACCUCAGCAGGAACCAGGGCUGCCUCUGUGCCAGGGACCAGUCAGGGCCCCCAGGAGCCACCGCAGCGGCUGAGCCUGACCGAGGCGGUCAGGGUGCUCUGCGAGAUUGAGAAGGUGGCCAUCACCAUCCAGAGACGUUUCCUGCAGCAGGAGUCCAUCCCCGAGUCCUCCCUGUACCUGGGACACCCAUCCUGCAACGUCAGUGACCACAACAGCACGCACGUGCUCCUGGUGGCCGGGUGGAGUGAGUGCGGGACCGUCGUGCAAAGCAACAUGACGAGUACGGUGGUGAGGACCACGCUGAGGAACGACCUGUCCCCCGACGCCAUCAUCCACCACCUGAAGAUCCUGAGCCCCAUCCAUUGUGCCUUCCAGAACGACCUCCUGACGUCAUCGGGCUACACCCCAGAGUGGGGGGUUUACACCAUUAUCGAGGACCUCCACGGCUCUGGUAAUUUUGUCACCGAGAUGCAGCUAUUUAUUGGGGACUCCCCUAUACCCCGGAAUUACACCGUGUCCGCCAGCGACGACAUCAAGAUCGAGGUGGGGCUCUAUAACCAGAACAGCAACCUCAAGGUGGUCCUGACCGAGUGCUGGGCGACGCCGUCCAGCAACGCCAGGGACCCGGUCAUGUUCGUCUUCAUCAAUGACAGCUGCCCCAUCCCCAACACGCACACGCACGUGAUCGAGAACGGGGAUUCCAGCAAGGCCCAGUUUAAGCUGAAAAUCUUCUCCUUCAUCAACAACUCCAUCGUCUACCUGCACUGCCGGCUCCGCAUCUGCAUGGACUCCCCUGGGACCACAUGCAAAAUAAAUUGCGAUGACGUCCGGUCCCCAAGAAGCCGCGAAGUGUCUACAACACACCAGAUGUCCUGGGGACCCCUCAUUCGGUCUGAAGGUGAGCGCCCAGGGGCAGAGCCAGGCCUGGGAACCGGCUACCUCGUCCUCAUCGUGGUGGCCAUCUUUGCCUUGGUGGCAGGAGCAGGUACCCUCGUCCUUGUGCACUACCAGAGAAUGACCGGCAAAUAUAGCUUCAGAGCUACAGUGGAUGACGUCAGCUACCAGGCGUUCUAG